AUGGAACUUACUUCUUUGCCUAAAUUCCUUUGGACAAGUGACAACAAACUUCUGCAUCACCAUUUUCCGGACAUAUUGGCUACCGUUCAUACCACACAAGACAUUCCCAAAGAAGUUGUUUUUGGACCAUGCAUUCUCCAGAACACCCUGCUGGACACUGUAGCUUUUAUUGCUCUCAAGUGUUCUGACAGACGGAACAUCCACUAUGUAUUUAAGGUAGAUGUUACGUCUGUUCACAGUCCCACAGGACUGCCUUGGAUGAGACUUGUACAAGCAGCUGCCAAUAGCAAGGAGCAGAACUUGGAAGCUUACUUAGAAAACAGUCAAUUAUAUUAUCGCUCUACCAGGAAAAUCAACAAAAAUGAGGAGCUGCUUGUCUGGUAUGAUGAGGAGCUUUCCAACCUCUUGGGUUUCAAUGGGAUAAAAGCUCAGAGCCCCCAGAAUGCAGAGGAUGGUGCGCUAGCUAUUAAUGCUGACAUUUUUGAGCUGUGUAGUGGACGUCUAUGCACCUUGGAAUCCUAA